CAGAAGUGUGACAGAGUGAGGACACUCACGCACGCCGCAUUUUUUUUUUUAUUCGAGAGUGGGGAAAAAAAUCCUGAAAGUGGUGGUUUUGUCUUUUUUAAUUAAUGACAGAGCAGUUUUGACGGAAGUUGCUUGGCGAGGAGCAAACAUGCGGAGGGUUUCGGAGCUGUGGCUCACCUCGGUGACACUUCACCUCCUCGCCCGGGGGGUGUUGGCGGGAUACGGGCAGCUGAGCAUGUUCGCCGCCCAGUCCUCCCCUCCCGACCCGUGCUACGACGAGAACGGCAGCCCUCGGAGGUGCAUCCCGGACUUCGUCAACUCCGCCUUCGGCAAGGACGUGCGCGUCUCCAGCACCUGCGGCUCCCCGGCGGCCAGGUACUGCGUGGUGGCGGAGAAGGGCGAGGACCGGACGCGGGACUGCCACACCUGCGACGCCUCCGACCCCAAGAAGUCGCACCCGGCGGCGUACCUGACGGACCUGAACAACCCGCACAACCUCACCUGCUGGCAGUCGGAGAAUUACGCGCAGUUCCCGCAGAACGUCACCCUCACCCUGUCGCUGGGGAAGAAGUUCGAGGUCACCUACGUCAGCCUGCAGUUCUGCUCGCCCAGACCGGAGUCCAUGGCCAUAUACAAGUCCAUGGACUACGGCAAGUCCUGGGUUCCCUUCCAGUUCUACUCCACCCAGUGCAAGAAGAUGCACAACCGGCAGAACAAGGCGGUGAUCACCAAGCAGAACGAGCAGGAGGCCAUCUGCACGGACUCCCACACCGACAUGCACCCUCUCACCGGCGGCCUCAUCGCCUUCAGCACCCUGGACGGCCGACCCUCCGCGCACGACUUCGACAACUCCCCCGUGCUCCAGGACUGGGUGACGGCCACCGACAUCAAGGUGAUCUUCAGCCGGCUGCACACCUUCGGGGACGAGAACGAGGACGACUCGGAGCUGGCCCGGGACUCGUACUACUACGCCGUGUCGGACCUGCAGGUGGGCGGACGGUGCAAGUGCAACGGCCACGCGUCCAAGUGCGUCAAGGACCGGGACGGCCACCUGGUGUGCGAGUGCAAGCACAACACGGCGGGGCCCGAGUGCGACAGGUGCAAGCCUUUCCACUACGACCGCCCGUGGCAGCGCGCCACGGCCAGGGAAGCCAACGAGUGUGUCGCGUGCCACUGCAACCUUCACGCCCGCCGCUGCCGCUUCAACAUGGAGCUGUACAAGCUGUCGGGCCGCAGGAGUGGAGGCGUGUGUCUGAACUGUCGCCACAACACGGCGGGCCGCCAUUGCCACUACUGCAAGGAAGGAUUCUACAGGGACAUGACGAAGUCCAUCUCACACCGCAGAGCUUGCAAAGCGUGCGACUGCCAUCCGGUCGGAGCCGCGGGGAAGACGUGCAACCAGACCACGGGUCAGUGCCCCUGCAAGGACGGAGUGGCGGGCAUCACCUGUAACCGCUGUGCCAAGGGCUACCAGCAGAGUCGCUCCCCCAUCGCCCCCUGCAUCAAGAUUCCAGUGGCGUCUCCGACGGCCACUUACAGCAGCUACGACGAGACAUCGGAUUGUGAGUCGCACUGUAAAGGGUCGAAAGGGAAGAUGAAGAUCACCAUGAAGAAGUACUGUAAAAAAGACUACGCGGUGCAGGUCCACGUGCUGAAGGGCGACAAGGCGGGCGAGUGGUGGAAGUUCACCAUCAACAUCAUCUCCGUCUACAAACAAGGCGAGCAGCGCAUCCGCCGCGGGGACCAGCUGCUGUGGGUGCGCGCCAAGGACCUGGCCUGCAAGUGUCCCAAGACCAAGCCCGGCAGGAAGUACUUGCUCAUGGGCUCCGACCAGCACUCCCCCGGGCAGAGCGGCGUGGUGGCGGACAAGAGCAGCCUGCUCAUCCCCUGGAAGGACCUGUGGGGGCGUCGCCUCAGGAAGUUCCAGCAGCGCGACAAGAGGGGCAAGUGCUAGACCAGGUCCCACAAGAGGGGCAAGUGCUAGACCAGGUCCACAGAACUAGGAGCAUGACUGCUGUUGCUUGGACAAACGCAUCUUAGUAGGAAGGAAAUGGAGUUUUGUCAAGGAGUUCAUUCUGUUUCUCUUUGGAUUUGCAGAGUUUGCACCUGAGUCCCAUCAGAACUAAUCUACUUUU